CCAAUCUUUUAAAUCACAACAAGGCCACUGUUAUCAGAGAUGUUAUCAGAAGUGAGUGCCCCCAAGAGUCAGCUGUUGUCAUGUACCCUUCAGCGAGUUGUAGCGUAUUUCUAUGUGGAGUUCUGACCCAAGUGUGGGGCUCCAAGUUCCCUCACAUCCACCCCAAUGUGUCUUCGGGAGACCUUCUGGAAUACUCGGACUACUCUGACCCAAUAACGCCCUCUUCUGUGAAGCUGCCUGCUUAUAUGAGACACGACAAACAACAGAAUGUGGUCGUUAUGUUCACAAUGGUCUAUGGAGAUGAAGAUAAAAUCGUGCAGACAACCAAGGAUGAGAUGAUAAUGACCAAGAGGGUACAUCCAGCUGCUGACUUGUCUGAGAUCUGGCACAUACAAGAGGAUGACAUGCAGCUCAAAUUUUUCUUUUCUAAGGUGCUGGACCUAGACCCCAGUGACGUCACUGUUGUUAAUAUUGCGUUUGGGAAGAAAGAAUCUGUAAAGAAGAUUUUGAUACAAGAAAGAGUAAUGAAUGCCUCUGACAUUUUGGCAAAGUUAAUUGCAGCAGAAGGAAAGACAUUUUGAAAGUAAAUCGGUUUUAAAUGUAAGGUCUAUUGUUAUUUUCACUAUCGUAAGGGGAAGAAUACUACUAAAUCUGUAUUCCACUCAACACAUUUUAGACAAAUUCAAGGAAGGUGAUUUCAUAUGUGGCUGCCACCUGACAGUGUAUAAAAUAUCUAAUAGGUAUAUUGAAUAUUAGUAAUGAUUGAGAUUGGAUAGCAAAUUAUUCAAGAUAUAUGUAGGUAAUAUUCUAAAUACGCUAUAAGUUAUGAAUGUUAACGUGUUACGUUGCUUAAGCAUAUAUAUAAAUUAUUAAUGGCGUGACAGAGACUUAUUGAAAUUGUGUUGUUUGUCUGUAUGUACGAUAACUCUUAAUAGUAAGGUCUUAGAGACUUGAAGCUUGGUACACAGGUUGUUCAUAAUCCAAGGAGAAACUUUAUGGAUUUUUAUUUUUUUUAAAGGUCAAAGGGAUAUUAAGUGAGCGAUAGCUGUCAGUAAAAACAUUAAUACUCUGAAAUUAUUUGUGGUUGCAAAAUAAAGUUCAUGUUAAAACUUGUA